AUGGACAACCCACGGGUCUUCAUAUCGUCGUUGCCCUGGGCAGUUUCCAAAGCUACGAUACUCCAGCUGCUUUCAGAGCAGCGCCUGGUAUCUCACCACAUACAAGUGGUGAGAAAGGGAAGUUUCCUUCAGAAUGGGAACUUCUGCUCGGCAUUCGUGACUUUCGAGAAUGCUGACAUGGCCGUACGGGCUAUCGGACUGCUGGAUGGGAAAGUGGACCCUCGAUUGGGCCCGGUUGCUUUGAAAGCUGAAAUGGCGAGGCCGAAGCCGAGGAGUCGAAGAUCGAGGUCGAGGACAGCUGUUCGUGACCACGAGAACAGUUCCCCGCACGAGCCGACGACGCCUGCUGACGACUCUGACGACGACACCGAGGACCACGACACGAGAUCCCCGCACGAGCCGACGACGCCUGCUGACGAGUCUGGUGGUGUGGACGAGGAAGCUUCGACGUCGCCGGCAGAUGAUGUGAUCCGCCAGUUUUUGUUAG